GUAGAACGUCAACGGAACGUCAUAUCACCUUCCAAAACAGAGAGGGAAGGCAAGGAAGGUUACGCCACCCUGAUGGAGGUAGCGUGCUUUCUCGGACGAGAUUCUAGAGACCGGAAGCUGCUGUAGUACGCCUCAAGGCCACGCUUUUGGGUCGUGUCCGGGGUUCCUACCGGCUUCUGAGAAGGAAGAGCUAGAGUGGGCAGUUGGGCGGUGUUUCUCAUCUUGAGGGAGGCGAUAUUUUGGCCGCCGUAUAGCACUCAUGUGACGAAAUAGGUGGCAUUUCUUAAUAAGUCACCCAAAUGUGUGUCUGGAUCAAGAACAGUUAGCUAUUAAGGUCAAUGGCAAUUAUUCAGGGCAUUUAUUUAAGCGCACACUUUGUCUGACAUCUGGUUUUGUAGGCAAGGUAUCAGUAUGCUCCGAAAUAAAAGAACACUGUUGCUGAGUGCCCUAAAAAGGGCGUACUUACGCACUCAGUUCAUGUAUUGCCAAAAAGCAAACACUCUGUGUGUAAAAAAAAUAAAACCACACCUAUAUCUCCAGAGAAAUUACCAUUCUCCACCAGGUGAGGUAAAAUCUUUGCGUUCUAUUAUCACCCCACCUGUGUCUAAAAUCCGUAAUAUUGGUAUCAUGGCUCACAUAGAUGCAGGAAAAACAACUACCACUGAAAGGAUGCUAUAUUAUUCAGGAUACACAAGAAGCCUUGGAGAUGUUGAUGAUGGAGACACAGUAACAGACUUCAUGGCACAGGAGCGAGAGCGUGGUAUCACUAUUCAAUCAGCUGCUGUGACUUUUGAUUGGGCGGGCCAUAGAAUCAACCUAAUAGACACACCAGGUCAUGUGGACUUUACAGUAGAAGUGGAACGGUCUCUGAGAGUGCUGGAUGGAGCAGUGGCUGUAUUUGAUGCCUCGGCCGGUGUGGAGGCACAGUCUCUGACGGUGUGGAGGCAAGCAGACAAGCAUCACAUACCACGAAUUUGUUUUUUAAACAAGAUGGACAAAUCUGGAGCCAGUUUCAGAUAUGCUGUGGAUAGCAUUGAACAGAAGCUGAGGACGAAACCUUUGCUUUUACAGUUGCCAAUUGGAGAGGGAAAAGCCUUUAGAGGAAUAGUUGACAUUGUGACCAAGGAACAAGUUAUUUGGAAAUCUGCAACUCGAUUGGAUGAUGGAAAGAACUUUGAGCGGAAACCCUUGAAGGAAGCGGGCAGCCCUGACUUGUUAAAAGAUACCAUUGAUGCAAGAACUACCUUAAUAGAACAAGUCGCGGAUCUGGAUGAUGAAUUUGCUGAACUGGUCCUUGGGGAGUUCAGUGAGAGUUUUGAUUCAGUGCCAGCUGAUAAGCUACAUUCUGCUGUAAGAAGAGUAACCCUGGCUCGGAAAGCAGUACCUGUGUUUUGUGGGAGUGCGUUGAAAAAUAAAGGUGUUCAGCCAUUAUUAGAUGCCGUCACCAUGUAUUUGCCUUCUCCAAAUGAAUGCAGUUAUGACUUUUUGCAAUGGUAUGGGAAUGACUUGUGUGCUCUAGCAUUUAAAGUUCUCCAUGAUAAGCAGCGUGGGCCGUUGGUAUUUGUGCGCAUUUACUCAGGCACAAUGAAGCCUCAGUCAGCUGUCUACAAUAUUAACAAAAACUGCACAGAGAGAAUGAGCCGCUUGCUGCUACCUUUUGCUGAUCAGCAAAUAGAAAUAUCUUCGCUAACGGCUGGCAACAUUGCUCUGACUGUUGGGUUAAAGCAGAGCUCCACUGGAGACACCAUUGUUUCCUCAAAGGCUUCUGCGGUGGCUGCAGCCCAAAAAUCUGCGAAAGAUGUGGGGUCAAACUGUGGGCGAACUGGUGUAGUAGAGAACCUUCUCUUGGCAAGUGUUGAAAUCCCAGAGCCAGUCUUCUUUUGUACAAUAGAGCCACCAUCCAUGGCCAGGCAACCAGAUCUGGAUAAUGCUUUGGCUUGCCUGAAACGUGAGGAUCCAAGUCUAAAAGUCAAGCUAGAUGCUGAUACUGGACAAACUAUCCUUUGUGGCAUGGGAGAGCUGCACAUUGAGAUCAUUCAUGACCGAAUCAAACGUGAAUAUGGACUUGAGACUUACCUUGGACCUCUUCAAAUAGCUUAUAGAGAAACCAUUCAAAAUACAGUCCAAGCUACAGAAAUGCUGGACAGAAUUAUAGGAGAAAAACGACACCAAGUGACCGUAGAAUUAGAACUGAGACCCUGGGAAGGAGAAGGGUCAGCAACAGCACCAGUCAUCGAGUAUACUGAAAAUACCUGCGAUUUGCUUCAGCCAGAACUUCGUGAAGCUGUAGAGAAUGGAGUUCAUACCUCAUAUCUUCAAGGACCACUUCUGGGCUUUCCAGUUCAAGAUGUAAUUGUGACAGUGCGUGCAGUGGCUGCAAAUGCUGACACCUCUCCAACAAUGGUUUCCGCUUGUGUUUCUCGGUGCAUGCAAAAGGCCUUGAAAAAAGCUGAUAAACAAGUGUUGGAGCCUCUGAUGCACCUAGAAAUAACAGUGGGGAUACUCAACAGUUUUGCGAACUUUGACAUCUGGCUCUGGGACAUUUACUCUAGAAUUGGCAAGCUAUCAAGCAAUGAGCCUACAUGAGCAAACUGCUCUGCUUAACAAGAGGACUGGCUUGGCAUAAUGUGAAAGAUAAAUAGACUUGCUUCAGAGCUGAGAUCUGGUGCUUUGCCACAGUUGAAGUGUGUGGCCACCACUGUGCUGUCAUGUGUUCACUGUCAAAGCAUGAAGACAAAGCAAACAUUAAUCGGCAAGCAUUUUUACAAGAGGUCACUUCUUAUACCUUCACUGCUGUAGCUGCUGUAGUUUGUUGUACAGGUACUUGAAAAUACAAACAUAUGUUUGUAAUUACCUGAGGCCCAAAUUAAGCAUGAAGCUACAAAGCAAAGAGUUUCUCCUUACAUCUUGCAAGGGGUUUUUAAAACCCCCUAAGUAUGAUUGGGUUGCACAUUAGAAAUGUUUGCAGAUUUGUACCCCUAGGCUAACUAAGCAUGUGUAAGUUAUCCUGUGCGGAUUGCAGCAGAGUUUAAAUAAGAUCCUUUGUCUAUGUAAAGUCACAUGGUAAAGUUAUUUGGCUUUGCCAGUCACACUUAAAUUGGACCUUACAAAGUUUGUGAUAAGGUUGAACAGAAGUGCUAUCAUCUUACAUCUUUUUAAUUGCUAAACAACUUAAUCCUGAUUAUUCCAUAGUGUUCUUCUACUGUCUAAAAGAAAACCAGUAAUUAUCUCACAUUUUCUUUAUGAAAACAUCUACUGACCAAAGAGAACUUUAAACGCUCAACCUGUGGGACAGACUAGACCAGAAUAUGUCUGUAUCAAACAGAGCAUUCAUUCACCAUUCUUCACCUGGCCGCAGUGCCUUUUCAGUUACCACUGUAUCUAAUUUUGAAAGCAUGGAUCAAAAAAUCUCCACAGUGGGCCAGGGAAGCCCAGAUUUGCAGAAAAAUUUAAAAUCUUUUUUUAAAAAAGCAGCACUGGGGGUUUAAUCCCUAAAUUAAGAGGUGCAACAUCUGUUAAGUGAUGAAUGCCCACAAUGAUCUUGAGACCUUAAGUUCUGAGAAAUUGGUCAUUAGUGGGGUUGCUUCAACAAUAAUACUAAUGCUGAGCCCUUUAAGCCUUGGAUCCUAUCAGUUAUAGGCAGAUGUGGGGGCUGAAAAAUGUAAAAAGAUGGGAGCAGAGAAAGAGGAGAGGCUGUGGGGACUGCUGUGGUUAAGGAAAGAGGAAAUAGCGUAUGAAGGGGAAACAGGGCAAUUGAAAUAACCUGGAAUAUUCUUUAUCACCAUCUUAUUUUUAAUUUGUAGUACAGAGUUUGAAUUCUCUUGGCCAAAUCUGGAAAGGACUGAGCU